AUGGACGGUGAGUCAGGGUUUAUCUAUGGACUCUCGGGACCGGGGCUACCUUGUCGACCUGGCAGGUAUACAUCCCUAUUUCUGCCUUUCUUUCUUUCUUUUCUUUCUUUAUAUGACUAUAGUAUUUCUGCCUUUCUUUCUUUCUUUCUUUCUUUCUUUUUUAUUCAUUUAUUUAUUUAUUUAUAUGACUAUACCAUUUCUGCCUUUCUUUCUUUCUUUCUUUCUUUAUAUGACUAUAGUAUUUCUGGCUUUCUUUCUUUCUUUCUUUCUUUCUUUCUUUCUUUAUAUAACUAUAGUAUUUCUGCCUUUCUUUCUUUCUUUCUUUAUAUGGCUAUACUAUUUUUGCCUUUCUUUCUUUAUAUGACUAUACUAUUUCUGCCUUUCUUUCUUUCUUUCUUUCUUUCUUUAUAUGACUAUAUAUUUCUGCCUUUCUUUCUUUCUUUCUUUAUUUAUAUAUACUACUAUUUUGCCUUUUUUUUUUUAUAUGACUAUAGUAUUUCUGCCUUUCUUUCUUUCUUUCUUUAUAUGACUAUAGUAUUUCUGCCUUUCUUUCUUUCUUUCUUUCUUUAUAUGACUAUAUAUUUCUGCCUUUCUUUCUUUCUUUCUUUCUUUCUUUCUUUAUAUGACUAUAGUAUUUCUUCCUUUCUUUCUUUCUUUCUUUAUAUUAUUUCUGCCUUUCUUUCUUUCUUUCUUUAUAUUUAUAGUUUUCUUUCUUUCUUUCUUUCUUUCUUUCUUUAUAUGACUAUAUAUUUCUGCCUUUCUUUCUUUCUUUCUUUCUUUCUUUAUAUGACUAUAGUAUUUCUGCCUUUCUUUCUUUCUUUCUUUCUUUAUAUUUAUACUUUUUUUUUUCUUUCUUUAUAUGACUAUAGUAUUUCUGCCUUUUCUUUCUUUCUUUCUUUCUUUCUUCAUAUGACUAUAUAUUUCUGCCUUUCUUUCUUUUUUUCUUUCUUUCUUUCUUUCUUUCUUUCUUUAUAUGACUAUAGUAUUCUGCCUUUCUUUCUUUCUUUCUUUCUUUCUUAUAUGACUAUGUAUUUCUUUCUUUCUUUCUUUCUUUCUUUCUUUCUUUCUUUAUAUGACUAUAGUAUUUCUGCCUUUCUUUCUUUCUUUCUUUAUAUGACUAUAGUAUUUCUGCCUUUCUUUCUUUCUUUCUUUCUUUAUAUGACUAUAGUAUUUCUGCCUUUCUUUCUUUCUUUCUUUCUUUCUUUAUAUGGCUAUACUAUUUUUGCCUUUCUUUCUUUCUUUCUUUAUAUGGCUAUACUAUUUUUGCCUUUCUUUCUUUAUAUGGCUAUAGUAUUUCUGCCUUUCUUUCUUUCUUUCUUUAUAUGGCUAUACUAUUUUUGCCUUUCUUUCUUUCUUUAUAUGGCUAUACUAUUUUUGCCUUUCUUUCUUUAUAUGACUAUAGUAUUUCUGCCUUUCUUUCUUUCUUUCUUUCUUUCUUUAUAUGACUAUAGUAUUUCUGCCUUUCUUUCUUUCUUUCUUUCUUUAUAUGACUAUAGUAUUUCUGCCUUUCUUUCUUUCUUUCUUUAUAUGGCUAUACUAUUUUUGCCUUUCUUUCUUUAUAUGACUAUAAAUAUUUCUGCCUUUCUUUUUUUUCUUUCUUUCUUUCUUUAUAUGACUAUACUAUACUAUUUUGCCUUUCUUUCUUUAUAUGACUAUAGUAUUUCUGCCUUUCUUUCUUUCUUUCUUUAUAUGACUAUAGUAUUUCUGCCUUUCUUUCUUUCUUUAUAUGACUAUAGUAUUUCUGCCUUUCUUUCUUUCUUUCUUUCUUUAUAUGGCUAUACUAUUUUUGCCUUUCUUUCUUUCUUUAUUUAUAUGACUAUAGUAUUUCUCCCUUUCCUUCUUUCUUUCUUUCUUUCUUUCUUUCUUUCUUUCUUUAUAUGGCUAUACUAUUUUUGCCUUUCUUUCUUUCUUUAUUUAUAUGCCUAUACCAUUCCUGCCUUUCUUUCUUUCUUUAUUUAUUUUCUUUAUUUCCAUGUUAAUUUUAUUUCUUUUUUUCUUUCCUUUCCAUUUUUUAUUGAUUCUUUUUCUUUUUGCACAUUUUCUUAUUUAGUUUGUCUUUAUAUUUUAUUGUUUAUACUUUCUGUCCUUAUUUUCUUUCUCUCUUUCUUUCUUUUUUUUUCAUUCAUUUUCCUUUCUUCUCUUUCUCUUCUUUCUUUUUUUCUUUCUUUCUGUCUUUCUUUUUUCUUUUCUUAUUCCAAGUUUCUUUCUUUCUUUCCUUCUAUCUUCUUCUCCUUCUUCUUCAAACGCUUUUCUGAUCCGUUUGUCUUUAUUCUUUCUCUUCUUCCUUCCUCUCUAAAACGUCCCCUUCCCUUCUUUCUUUCUUUCUUUCUUUCUUUCUUUCUUUCUUCAAGCGCACUCUCCGUUCCGUUUGUCUUUAUUCUUUCUCUUCUUUCUUUUCUAAAAAAAAAUCCCUUUCUUUCUUUCUUUCUUUCUUUCUUAAUACCUAUUUCUUACCAUUUAAUUCAUUUUUAUAUACGCUUUUCCUUCUUUGCUUCUUUCCUUCCUUCAUUCCUUCCUUUCUUUCUUUCUUCCUUCUUUCCUUCCUUUCUUGUUUAA